UCAACAUCUAGGGUUGGAACAGGAGAACAAUGAAAAUCUCCAGGUCCAGGUGCCUAAUCCUUUCGUUUAUCUUCUUGUAUGGGCUGGUCCCAGAAGUUACAGCAGAUGUCGAAGAAGCCUCAGAUGGUCUCCACACUCCCCAGGAACCCAUAUGGCUCACAGACAUCUCAGCCACUGAGGAACUCAUCAAUGCCGCUGAAGUGGCCAUCAUAGGCUUCUUCCAGGAUUUAGAAAUACCUAUAGUGUCGGUAUUCCGCAGCAUGACACAACAGUUCCAAGACAUAUCAUUUGGAAUCAGCAACAGUUCUGAACUUCUGACCCACUACAACAUCACCAGAAACAGCAUCUGCCUCUUCCGACAGGUUGAUAAUGAAAAAUUGAAUUUGGAUGUUGAAGAGAUUGAGAACUUAGAUGCCGCCAAGCUGAGCCGUUUCAUUCAGAUGAACAACCUCCACUGGGUGACAGAAUACAGCCCUCUGGUUGCAGCUGGCUUAUUUAGCACUAUGAUUCAGACUCAUCUUCUCCUGAUGAUGAACAAGGCUUCCCCAGAGUAUGAAGAGAGUGUGCUGAGAUACCAGAAGGCAGCUAAGCUCUUCCAGGGACAGAUCCUCUUUGUUCUGGUGGACAGUGGCAGAGGGGAAAACAGAAAGGUGAUCUCCUAUUUCAAACUGAAGGAGUCUCAGCUGCCGGCUUUGGCCAUUUAUGAAACUGUGGAUGACAAGUGGGACACACUACCCAUCACAGAAGUUAACGUGGAGAAAGUCCGAGACUUCUGCGAUGGAUUCCAAAAGGGGAUGCUGCUGAGAGAUCACAAAGCAGAAGAAGAUGCUGGGAAGGAGGAGCUCUGAGGCUCCCUGGUACUUCUACAUGGGUCUAGUCCGUGCUGAAUAAAAAGGAGCAGUUCGAAUCUCUGCAGCAGUAAACAAGGUCAUCUCCUCCGGUGUUCUAACAAGGGGCGGGAGGAUGGCCACGCUCCCUUUGUGUCUGAAGGGCUCCCUUUCUUGCCUCGUUUGUUUUCAACUUCCCAUCCUCUCUCACACAGCCUCGAUUCCCACUGUGGGUGAGUACUGAGGAGAGAGGGGCGUCAGAAACUGGGCAUCUCUGUGAAGGAGAAGCGUUCCUCGAGAGAGGCUGUUCCGGUGCGUCACUGACAUUUUAAUUGGUACCCGGCACCGGCUCACACAGUAGUUCCUUUUCCUUUGGGGUCAUCCGAGGAUAGAAACCUAACCCUCCUUCAUAAGCACAUAUCCUUCUCUGACUUGGGGCCAAGAACAAAAACAUGUUUUGGGUUUAUUUCUCUCCAAAAGUUCAACGAUGUCUCCAAGUUUCUGAACACGUCAGAAACAGAGCAUGUCAAAAGCUACACUCAUUUAGUGAUUCCAGCUCCGCGUGUAAGUCAGCAA